GUAUUUACAGGUGGAUCGCGAAGCAAGUCACUAAGUCAGACCGACAAGACAAGCUGACGGUUAAGUGUGCAGCCAUAAAAAGAGAAAUUAUGGCCGUCUGUAAGUAUUUUCUACAAGGACGUUGUCAAUUUGGUCUUAAAUGCUGGAACGAGCACCCGAUUGGAGGAGGAGGAAGAGGCCAUAACCGCUCCACCUCUCAACAGCACUCCAGAGGAGAUACAGGGCAUAGAAACAAGGUUUCGGUGAAUCCCUCUCACCAAAAAGGAGGAUAUAGCCAGCAAGUGUCCUCCCGCGUGAGUAGUCAGUGUGGCGGGAGUGGACACAGCUUGAAGAGCUCCGAAUUUAGCGUCUCUUCUCAAAACAGUGUUUCGACACUGGGCAUCAACCGCGGGGACGAUGAGCGUUGUGGAAGAGGAGGAGAAGGAGACAGAGGACCAGCACCAGGUGAAGAAGAUGAAGAGCAAAAACUGGAGAUCAUUCAGACUCAGAGUGACAUGAUGGUUUGGGAGAGCUCAGGCCAGUCAAGCUUUUCAUGUUCUAGCGGCUCCAAGGCACCGUUAUCUGGGUUUGCGGACAUAUCUCCAGAAGAGCAGAGGUUUGAAUAUUACUCCACCGAGAGUUACCUCGAUCGCAUCUGCUGGCUGCUCAUUCAGUGGGGAAACCGAAUGAAUCAAUCUACUCGUGCAGCUUUGCUGGCAGAACUAAGAUAUCCAGCGCCUCGGACCUCGUCAAGUGGCUUUGGCUCAGCACCUACUGGAUGUGGGUCCUCUUCCCUUGAUGUUGGCAAUAAAGGGUUUGAUGCCGAACCACCAGCCCAAGCAACUAAUAUCAGUUUAGCUUCUCCAGCGAGUGGAUUAGUCUCUCCAGUGGCCCCAACAUCUCCUCCAGGUUUCAGCGGUGCCAUCCCAGCUGUGACACAACCGCCCUCCGGGUUUGACGCCAGGCCGUCUACAAGUUCCGAUGCCUCUCCGGGUUCCCCCCUCCCCCGCUCGUUCGGCGAAAAACUUGCGGCUCCAUCUUCAGGGACAGGUUCCUCCUCCGCAGACGAGACCAACAAAGCGAUGGAGAAGUCCGGCGCACCUGCAGGAAAUUUGCCAGGACAGGUGCGUGCGGUGGAAACCUCAGGCGGUCUUUACUCCCUUGAGAGCGAGCUAACCCAGGAGGAGCUGGAUCAGUUCAAAGCACAAAGGUUCACUUUGGGUCUGAUUCCUCUGAAGCCACCUUCUGCUGCAAUGCUUGCGAUUUAAUGCUUAAAUUUAUUUAUGUAUUUAUUUAUUUAUUUUUCAUGAACAGUUUUUAUUGAUUUAAAUGUAUGCACAUAUACAAAUAUUUAUAACAAACCCCACACUC